CUGACAAGGAGGAGUAGUAGGCAGAUAGCUAAAGGAUGGCCUGCACACAGAUAGGAGGAGUACAGGCUAAAAAGCUUCUUCCGCUGCUACCUGUUCCAUGUCGAUCCUGCCGCAGCACCACAGUCAUCUUAGGGGUACGCCUGAUCAUCAUCCUGUUCCUGUGCUCUCUGCUUUCCUGCUCCAACGCGCAGUCAUGCAAAUCCUCCGGCUCCAACCUUGCUCUGGCGGACAGUAGUCUCACCUGGAUAACCGUUGACUACGAUCGAGUGAACCAGGGUUAUCUGUUCCUCACGGAUUCAGGUACCUUGCUGCUAGAUACACAGAGCGCCAUCCCUCAAGAAGAGACACUCAGCUCGUACAGAAAUGGUACGUCUUCAAACUCGCCUGGGCUGUACCUUCCAUGGGGAUAUAUCUGGUACGGGGGAAUCUUCAGGCUUAGCUUCAACAUGGGCGGCGUCCACUACGAGCCGGACAACCAGACGCCGGCGAGCCUGGUCGUGGCCAUACUACCCGCGUACGACUUCAGUGGCAACCAGAACCGUGAUAUGUCCAUAGUACUACCACCCGACUCAUGGAGCCAACAAAACACAUCUGGAUCUGGUUCUUCGCAGAUGGGUUCAUGUACAUGGCCUCUGUACGCUGCCGCCAGUACUGCCUGUGUGCAGAUUUCUGUAGAGCCGGGGAGGAACUCCGUAGAAGCUUUCCUUGCAUACGACCCUCUUGGGAAACGGUUGUCGGUCAGCGUCGGUGACGCUGCACGGAACCCAGAGGCUCCCUACGCCGUCGCCACCUCCAUGGCCUUCGACUUGGGAGAAAUGCUGGCGGGGGAGCGAGUAAGAGGCCAAAUUGGUCUUUUCUCCUCGGUCGGGCAGCUCGCUCAGCUCCAGAGCUGGAACUUGACGGUCCACCGGCCUCUCCCCAAGCAAGGUUCCCAAAAGUGGGUCGUUGCUGUACUGUCCUCGGUGCUGGGCUCUGUAGCUGCGACUCUUGUCGCGGCUACCGCUGUGUACUGCUACCUCAACUCGAAAUACAGACGGUGGAAGAAGGAGCUGGACGAGCUGGCCAAGACUAUGCAGAGCCUCCCCGGUGUGCCGAUGCACAUCGACUUCGCAGACAUCAAGAAGGCCACCGACAACUUUGACGACGCGAUGAAGCUUGGGCGAGGCGGAUUUGGGGCCGUCUACGGAUGCGUUCUUCCUGCUGCUGCUUCAAGGACGGGGCAAGCAAUCAAGGUGGCCAUCAAGAAGUUCACGCGGGAACUCCAGGACCACCGCUACCAAGACUUCCUCGCGGAGGUCAGCGUCAUCAACCGUCUGCGGCACAAGAACGUUGUCCCACUUGUCGGCUGGUCCUACAACAAAGGAGAGCCCCUGCUUAUAUACGAGUACAUGAAGAAUGGUAGCUUGGACCAGCAUCUGUUCCCGAAUGGUGGCUUUGGCCGGGGGCGGCAGCAGAAUGAUGCAGCUAUUGGGCAAUGGGACACCCGCUACGGCAUUGUCAGGGAUAUAGCUACAGGUCUGCACUACCUUCAUCACGAGCACGAGCCAAUGGUGCUGCACCGUGACAUCAAGGCAAGCAAUGUCAUGCUCGACUCCACCUUCUGUGCUCGCCUUGGUGACUUCGGUAUCGCCUGCACAGUCGCUGCAGACAGGAGCUCCAUCACCGGCAUCGCCGGAACCAUUGGCUACAUAGCUCCAGAGAGCUUCUAUAACUUCAAGGCCGCACGACAGACUGACAUAUAUGCAUUUGGGGUGCUUAUCCUUGAGGUGGUUUCUGGCAAGAAGAGUUCAGACGUCCCAGCGGAGGAUGGCCACAUCAGUCUCUGGGCGCGGCGCCUUCACCGUGAGGGUACGCUACUGGAGGCCUUAGAUGGUAUGUUUGUCUCAGGGAAGGAUCAACCUCAUGUUGUGGAGGAGGCCAAACGUUUACUGCUGCUCGGCAUGGCUUGCACCAGCCUCAACCCGUCCAGUCGCCCAAGCAUGACGGAUGUACUUCAGGUCAUCGGCAAGUUGACGCCACCGCCAGACGUGUCCCUUGAGCAACCAACACUACCGUGGCUGCCAGCAGGAGAGUGGUCUUCAGUCAGCUCUGAAUACGGUACAUCAGUAAUAGCUAACAAUCAAGAUGGGAGUUCAGAAAGCACGACCGAGAUUGAGCUGCAUCACAGGAAAAACAUAUGGGAAUGUAGCAACCCAUCCUUCAGGUCAACAAAUGGCAAUCUUCCUUAGGGGCAACACUCAAGCCAAAGUAGAAAGAUUCAACAUGAUCACUUUAUAUCCCUCGGUGGGAUGCUUAUUUUGCUAUGUCGAUUUAUGCUAGCACUACUCAUGCAAACUCUUUUGCCCAUGGGCCCAUUAUGUAAGGUUGCCAUGUAUCAAUAUAUUUAGAAAGAAUUCAUACCAGUAUUGUUAUCAUUGACCAAGUCUCGGACGGUUCAUAGUCGAAUUAGUAAGCGAAA